AUGGCGUUUCCAAUCUCCAAUAACCCUGAAUCCACAACCAUCAAGAUUUGGGUAGACGAAGAAGAAGAGGAAUGGGAUUACAACGAAAUGCUCGACGAUUACACCACCUGGGAAGAAUCGAAAGACGCUAUAACCACACCAAUUCCCCAGUCGCCACCCGCAUCGUCGUCGCCCACACCAUCGGAAGGACCCUCAACAACUCAAGCACCCUCUUCAUCCACGGAAGGAACCUCCAUGACUCACGUAUCGCGCUCACCCCUGAAAGAAAUCCCAACAACCGAAGAGAAAACUUCCUUCCUAUCAUCAGAUACUGCACUACCCCAAUACUCCGAAGCCAGCGAAUCACCCAGCGAUGACUCGCACCUACAGUUCAAUUACUACGCCUACUACGAGGUGAACCCCUCAACCGUGUACGUCGACCACCGGCUGGAUGUCAUCAAUGGCUCCCUGACCCAGAAACGCGUGGAUGAGAACUACACUCUACGAUGGACUCACGACCGCAACCUCCAUGUGGCUCAGAAACCGGCGUGGGAGCGCUACUCUGUGGUGAUGCCGUCUCGUUUAGCCAAGGAGUGCCGUUUUGAUGACAAGGACGAGUCAUCGGACGCGAAUGAGGAAGGUUCCUGGGAAAACUCGUCUUCGGAAUCUGUUGGUACAGGCUCUCCUAUGGAUUGGGAGAGCCAUGCGUACUCUGGAGGCUUUGCUGGCUUCUACUGUAGAUGA